AUGUAUAAAAUUUGUAGAUUCAGCAAACCAACAAGCGGAAUAAUUAAAAAUACACUUCCAGUAGCAAAUAAUAGUGAAAAAAAUUCAUCAUCCUCACCAAACAACAAUUUUAAUUUUAACAAUCAACAAAUCAACGAGCUUAUUCAAAAUAAUAAUGAAGUUUGGUUUAAAUUUUUAUCAAAAACUAAACCAGGAGAUUUAAUACUAAUGAAGGAGAUAUUACCAGGGUCCACCUACAAAUCAACAGAAUUUUUAAAUUUUUGGUUAGAAAGAAUUUCAAGAUCGUUUAAUUUGGUUACCGAUUUUGAUUUAGUUUGGAAACUUUUAGAAUAUAUGGUCCAGCAUGAAAUUCCGCUUCACAAGAAACCAAUAGAUUCGUUCACAUUGUAUCAAGAUAUUAUUUAA